GUGGUGUCUUUUUUAGGAAUUAAUCUGUUUUAUUUUCCCACAGAUGGUUUUCGAUGAUCCAUUUAUUCAUUCAUUCAUCGAUCUCUCAUUAUCAUUACAACUCCCUCAGCAAAUCAGCAGCCCCCACCAAAUUAAAGUCAAGAACAAUUCCCUGUCUGAAUCCUCUGAAUUCCCCCCUUUUCUUUUGUUUCGUUUCUCACUCCAAAAUCUGAAUCUGAAAUCUCACCCGUUUGUGGCCUUCCUCUGUCGAAUUGCUGUCUCCAUUCUUCUCUGCAUCCCUCGUUUCUGCAAAAAUUUUUGCUUCCUGACCCACUUUGGUGGGACAAUCUCAAUCCGAGAGGGGAUUAUUAAUUCGAUCGAGGGUUUCCAUUAAUUUCAUUACAAGAAAAAAGAAAGAAAGAAAAAAGGAAACUCGAUAUGAAGACAAUAAUGGCGAGAAGCCCACACGAUUCGUUUUCAUUUUCAUUUUCUCGGAGGUACUUUAACUGGAAGAAGAAAUUUUCCGAGGAGGAAGAGGAAGAAGAAGAAGAAGAAGAGGAAGCUGAAAGAGAAAUCCCGGCCGUUGAUCCGUCGAGAUCUCAAGAUCAAAGGGGGAGGAAAUCUCAGCCGUCGAAAUUCCCGCUGCAGCACUCUCUGUCGGCGCCGCGCCCGGCGUCGAGAACUCCGAGGAAGUACAAGAUCUCAGCGAUGGCCGUGUCCAAGCUGAAGUCGGCCCUGGCGGUGGCCCGGGCCCGGGCCCGGGCCCGAUUCUCGUCGGGGCUGGGGUCGAAGGUUGUCGGGACCCUGUUCGGACAGAGGGGCGGGAAUGUCCAUUUCGCGUUCCAGGAGGAUUUUAAGCAGAGCCCGGCCUUCCUGGUCCAGCUGGCGACGCCAACGAGCGCGCUUGUCCGGGAAAUGGCGUCGGGGCUCGUACGGAUCGCGCUGGAAUGCGACAAGGUUAAGGUGGAGAAAAAUUCGGGGGCGGGAGUGAAGCUCCUGGAGGAGCCGUUGUGGAGGGCGUACUGCAACGGGAAGAAGUGUGGGUAUGCGACGAGGCGGGAGUGCGGGGUCCAGGAGUGGAAGGUCCUGAAGUGUGUGGGGCCGAUAACGAUGGGAGCUGGGGUCCUGCCCGGGGAAGAAGGUGAAAUAAUGUAUAUGAGGGCUAAGUUUGAGAGAGUUGUGGGCAGCAGAGAUUCAGAGGCUUUCUACAUGAUGAAUCCCGACAAUGCAGCCAAUAUCACUUCCACUAAUUGCAAUGGAGCCCCUGAACUUAGCAUUUAUUUGCUUAGACUUUAAUUUUAGUUUCUUUUAUUAUUAUUAAUAUUAUAAUUACAAUCAAUCCUCAAACAACAUUGGUGUAUGUAUGUAUGUAAUGUUCUUGAGUAAGUCAAUGCUGGUUUUUGGAUUUGGAAAGGUGGCGGUAUAUAUAUAUAUAUAUAUAUGUGUGUAUGCAAAUGAGAAAGAUAUUGUUGUAAUAAUUGUAUCCUCGUGUUAGGUAAUAUAGUUUCUUUGUU